AUGUGCGAAUGUUCGCAGAUAAUCGCCUUCUUUGGUCUCGCCCUGGCCUCUGGAAUCGUUUCCGCGGGAUACGUUGACGAGGAUCAUGGAAGCUCCACGUACGAGGAGAAAACUAAACCAGUGGAAAUUCCUAUAUACAAGAAAUAUGCGAUCCCGAUUCCUCAUCCCGUGCCAGUCGAGAUCCCGCAGAAGAUCGAAAUUCCUAUUCCCCAACCUCAAAAGGUCCCCGUCGAAAUUCCACACCCUUUUCCAGUCGAAGUCGUGAAGCACGUCGAGGUGCCGAUCGAGAAGCCGGAACCUGUUAUCGUGGAGAAGCACGUACCUUUUGUGGUGGAGAAGCCGUAUCCAGUUUACGUCGAAAAGAAAUUUCCCAUUCCGGUCGCCAAGCCGUAUCCAGUUCACGUGCCAGUUUAUAAGCACGUAUUCCAUUACACUUCAAAGGGCAAAGGAUGGCACUAAGGUGAUCCUCCUAUUACCCGCCCGGGGAUUGUUUCUUCCACGGAGUGAUCGUUUUACAAGAGAGUUUCUUUCCACCUGAAAU